CACUCUCAGCAACCAAAACUUCACCAACAUGGGCCAGAGCAUGUGAGCUUUAACAAGUCCAAACAAAAAGAGCUGAGAUUUGACAUUUUCCAGACGAAAGACUCAAACAGUAAUGAUGACCUGGAUCAGCCUGAGCCUGAGGUCUCUGAACAAGGCCCCAGCAUGCUCGAGAUUGCUGUUCAGAACGCUAAGGCUUACCUCCUGAAGACCAGCAGCAAGUCCGGCUUAAACCUAUAUGAUCAUCUUUCUAACAUUCUGACCAAGAUCUUAGAUGAGCGUCCUGAAAAUGCUGUUGACAUCCUUGAAAAGAUCAGUCAAGAUCUGAAGAAGGCACAUUUCAGUAAAAAAUUAGAUACACUCCAGAAUGAGAAUGAAAUACUUCCAAUAUAUGAAAUAGCAGAAAAGCAAAAGGCUCUUUUUCUCCAGGGAAAUUUGGAAGGUGCUGACCAUGAUCUAGAAGAUGAAAUAGCAGAAAAUGCUCUUCCAAAUGUAAUGGAAGCUGCUUUCUAUUUUGAGCAAGCUGGAGUUUGUUUAGGCGCAGAUGAGACGUACCGCAUAUUUCUCGCCCUCAAGCAGCUCACUGACACCCACCCAAUCCACCGAUGUCGUUUCUGGGGCAAGAUCUUGGGUCUGGAAAUGAAUUACCUUGUAGCUGAGGUGGAAUUUCGUGAGGGGGAAGAUGAAGAGGAGGUAGAAGAGGAAGACGUCGCUGAAGAGAGAGACGAUGGAGAAAGUGAAGCUGGGGAGGAGGAGGAGCAUGAGUUCCCAAAGUCCUUCCAUAAGAUCCCUCAGGCUAUCCCAAGAGAAGAGAACAGAACAGGUGCCAACAAAUACGUAUAUUUUGUUUGCAGUGAACCAGGAAGACCAUGGGUUAAGCUACCAUCCGUUACACCUAUACAAAUUGUUGUCGCAAGAAAAAUUAAAAAAUUUUUCACUGGGCGAUUGGAUGCUCCUGUGAUAAGUUAUCCACCUUUCCCAGGAAAUGAGAGCAAUUACUUAAGAGCACAAAUAGCUCGGAUUUCAGCCGGAACUCACGUCAGUCCUCUAGGAUUCUAUCAGUUUGGGGAGGAGGAAGCAGAGGAAGAGGAAGAGAUAGAAGGUGGGCGAGAGAGCUUUGAGGAGAACCCUGAUUUUGAAGGCAUCCCGGUGAUUGAUCUAGUGGAAUCCCUAUCCAAUUGGGUUCAUCAUGUGCAACAUAUUCUUCCUCAGGGUCGCUGCAACUGGUUCAACCCCAUACAAAAGAGUGAAGAAGAAGAGGAGGAGGAAGAUGAAGAAAAAGAAGAAGAAGAAAAGGGAGAAGAGCCUGAUUCCAUAGAACAGGAAGUGGGGCCUCCUCUUCUGACACCAAUCUCUGAAGAUAUAGAGAUUCAGAAUAUACCCCCAUGGACAACACGGCUGUCCUCAAAUCUCAUUCCUCAAUAUGCUAUUGCAGUCCUUCGAUCUAACCUUUGGCCUGGAGCAUAUGCCUUUUCCAAUGGCAAAAAGUUUGAAAAUUUCUACAUAGGAUGGGGUCAUAAAUAUAGUCCAGACAACUACAGCCCGCCAGCACCACCACCAGUUUGUCAAGAGUAUCCCAGUGGACCAGAAAUUACAGAGAUGGAUGACCCAAGUGUGGACGAAGAGCAGGUCUUCAGGGCUUCACAAGAAGCAGCUAUACUUGCAGCUGAGAAAAGUGAAGAAACUGAAGAGGAUGAGGAUGAUGAUGACUAA